AUGUGUGGUGAUGGCGCUAACGAUUGUGGUGCAUUGAAAGUAGCACAUGCUGGAAUUGCAUUAAGCGAAGCUGAAGCCAGUGUUGCUAGUCCUUUCACAUCGAAGCAACAAAAUAUUAGUUGUGUGCCUACACUUAUUCGUGAAGGUCGUUGCGCGUUGGCUACUAGUUUUGGUGCAUUUAAAUUUAUGGUCGGUUAUUCAAUGAUUCAAUUUUUCUCUGUUAUACUUUUAUAUUAUAUUGGCAGUAAUAUUUCUGACCUGCAAUUUUUAUUUAUCGACCUUUUCCUUAUCACAACUCUGGGUCUCACGUUUGGUUAUACUCCGGCGUAUCCUCGUCUCUCGGUGGAACCUCCUGCGAUGCGACUAGUGUCAACUGUGACCUUGUUAUCAUUGGGUUUGCAGUUACUCACUUGUGGUCUUGUACAAUUUUCAGUCUUUGUGUUUACUCGACUACAACCAUGGUAUUUACCACUGUUUACUUAUCAUGAAGAUUAUGAAUUAAAAAAUUAUGAAAGUACAGCCAUAUUCUCCGUAUCUGUCUAUCAAUAUAUCAUAUUGGCUAUUGUAUUCUCUAAAUCUGCACCAUAUCGUCGGUCAAUUUUUUCUAAUCAUUUAUUCGUUGUCAACCUUAUUGCAUGUAUUGCUGGGUCCUUAUACUUAACAUCUCAUCCAGCCCGUGUGGUUCGCAAAUUAUUCGAACUGUGUCGUUUCCCUUCAGUUUAUUUUGUAAUAAUUCUUCAUGGAAUAGUAUUGGGGAAUUUACUAUUUGGAUAUAUUUUGGAAUCGAUCGUUGAUGGCGUUUCAUUUCGACAACGAAUACGUCAUAUUCAACAUGCUUUAUUUCCCAGACAUGUUUCACGUAAAGACCAUGAACUCAUUCGUGAUGAAAUAGAUAGAUUAGCUGGAGUGUGGCCACCAAUUAUACGAUCUGCUAGUGUACAAGCGUUACCAAGAGAGCUGUUCAAUGAAAGUGAUGUUGUUGGACAAACUGUACAAACAUCAAGAAAACGCUAUAAUUCAAGACUUUCAACUGACAGUGAAUCUGAUGAGGAUUGUAUUCCAGUUACUUCUGAGGAGAGGGCUGUCCUGUGUAAUAGUUUACGUGAUAAUAAUAUUAUUCAUCAACAAGUACAAUUACAUUACAAUGCUCAAUCUCCAUUUCAACCGUCUUGUGUUUUUGAUACUAUGCCGAAAAGUGCGAUCGAAAAGUCAUUUAACAAGAAACGGACACGUUCUACUAGCACCCAUAAUCACCAUUCAUUUAACACUACGAGAAGCCUUGAAAGCAAAGGUAUCAAACGCAAUACUUAUAAGGAAAACAGUUCUAGACAACAAAUGCCUGCAGCACAUCAAAAACCGGAGGUCAGAGCUCUUACUCCGACUCGACGAGUUCAACAUAUUCGAUCACAGAAUGGAUCAAAACCACUUAGUCCAAAUCCCAUCGACGUUCAGUCGGACCCAUUCCAAUCAGCUGCUUACUACUGA